ACUGUCUACAAUUUUGAGUCGUUUGACACGAGUAUACGACAUAGCACAGCUGAUUCAUCGUUUCCUUCCAGUAUAUAAGGAGAAGGAUCACUCCGACCAUUCGUUAUUUUCUAGAAUUGAGGUAUAUUUUCAAAAUGGCUGCCGAAAAGGAUGCUAGUAACUAUAAACGUUACCAAAAGUCCCUCAUCAUCAACGAGCUACUCCCCUACUCCGAGUGCUUGGAAGAAGAGGCAAACCAGUUGUUUGGAGAGAUCAAACUGAACCUGAGUAUUGCUGUACAGAAACGGGACCUCUGGCCUGGAGGUCUGUUUUGGACUAACAGACUCACAAGUUUCAUUAAGAUUUAUGGUUUUCACUUUACGAAAGAGGAUCACAUUAAUCUUGUCCAGUUAUUGUUCCACCUGGUAACUAUACCAAAUCUUGAGUCUCCUCUCCUUAAGUGCUGGUCAACCCUUCUUGAAAAAUUACUCAAAAAGAAGAAGCUCUUGUCUCCAAGUGACAUACGGUUCUCAUGGCGACCAAUGUACGACCUUGUGGUGCGAAUAUCAGACACAAAGUUCAAGAGACUAGGAAUGAAAAUAUACUCAGAUCGGGCCAUUGCAAGUGUUAAGGGUCUCAUUGACUCCAUGAGAUGUUACUUUACUCUGGAGAGUACUCAAGAGAUACUGGAUGAAGGGCGUCCAUUGCUCUGUCCCUUUGACACGUCCAUGUUGGAGAUAAUGGAACGUUUCAAUGAUUUUCUCCCAACCAAAGUCUGUCCAGAGGAGUUCCAAUACACCCACCAGCUCUGGUUUAAAGAGCUGAUUAAUAUAUGGAUUGAAGCAAGAAACAAUUCUGCAUUAGAUGAAGUUGGUUUUAGCCUAUUCUCUCGUCUUGCUGAAGACACUAUCGGCCAUAUUGAUUGGUCACCAUACUUGCAACAAAUCUUUACUCACAUUCUAAAUAAUUUUGAGCUCCCCAUGGGGGUCAAAGAAUUCAAGACCCCUCAGACUCAAAAAAGCAUGAGGUUUCCAUCAGGCGAGGAUAUAGCAGUUCUCAUAGUGAGCUUGUUGGGAGGAGGCAGUAAGGCUCAAGAAUAUCUUUCAAAGUUAAUGGAAGCCCUUGAGUCGUACUACUACCCAUCAAACAUUGGGCUACACACAAGGAAACUUCUGAAAUUUCUUACUAGUCUGACAAAUAAAUUUGUCUUGAGACUAAAAUGUGAGCGUCACUCCAGUGAUUCCUGGUUACCAAAGCCUCCUCCUUCUUCUUGUCUCUCAGAGAAGGAUAUUGAUGACUUUGUUGCCUGUCUCUGUCCAACGGUUUGGCUCUCAAUAUUCAGUAAGAUAGGAUCCAUGGAGGCAGCACUGGCCAUCAAGAACUUAGCUAGUCUUCGUCCUGAAGUGAUCCUCCCUACACUGAUGAGCAAGACUUAUAUUGCCCUGGAGACCCUGACUGAGCCCCACCAGGUGGUGUCCACCCUCUCCUGUGUCACUGUAGUCUCCAGGGCCAUCCUCUCAGGCAGGAGGUUCCCUGAAGGGCCCACGCACCUCUUCCUCCUGUUAAUAUCAGCAAUACCAGGGAUUGAUCCAAACGAUUUGAGAAAGACGCUGGCUUCAAGUUUAUUAAUAUCAUCUUUAAUAUCAUUGGUACCACUGGUUGACUGUUCAUCUGCGAUUGGACACGUAGAAAUGACUCACGAUGAAGAAGUGCUUUGCGCUGCGACGACUGAAUUUGAACAAUUUGUUGACGAUUUUCUUGAAAGAUGUUUUGUGAUUGUGGAGAGUUGUAGCAGUCACCAGCAACAAGUUGAGUCUGGCCAGAUACGACAAGAAGAACCGAAACUGGACUCACACGAGGCACUCAUUGGAGCUAGUAUACUGGGAGCAGUGAGUACGGUACUGGGGCAGUUGUCAGUGGAGCUGUUUCAAGUGGCGUUUGAUAAGAUCUUUCGGUUUGCUUCCACUCGUGUCUUUGAGAGCGAAGUGGCCAGCAAGAUUUGUUCUGAAUUAUGUGGAGCUGCUUCUAAAGUUCAUCCUGUUCUUACUUUGAAGAAAUUUGUACCGUACUGUACUCAAAAUAUUGAGAAUAUUCUUGAAGACGGAGAACAAGUUGAUUCUGAUAACGUUGAUAUUGAUCUGUUGUGGAAUCUGCAGCUUCUUUCUCACGUUGUAGCUACUGAUGGAGAUGCUUUGGUGAGUCACUCUGAGUCUCUCCUUCGCUGCUUGAAUCUUUGUGUGAAGCAAAUCAAGAACAAAAGAGCAGCUAAGCAUGUUUCUAAACUCAUAUACUCAAUGCUACACAGUUUGACUCAGACUUACCCGAGGGACUCUCGUCUUCUCUCCCUCGGUUUUGAUUUAGACCCCAAGGAUCACCUUUACAUCAGGGAUUGGACUAGCUCCUGUCACAUUAAAGACACUAACAUCAGCUGGUACAUUCCAGGAGAGAAAGAGUAUGAAUUUGCCGACGAGAUCCUACAGAAAGUCCUUAAACCUGAACUUGAUAAACUAGACUCUUUUACAAAAGGGACACUCUCACUUGAUCGCGAUUCAUUGUUGCUUAGUCUUGAACUCGUUAAUUCAAUAUUAAGUGGAGCAGCUGCUUACCUUCCUCAUUAUACCGGCCCUCCAGUUGAUGGAUGUCCUCAGAGUGAGGUUCCUCUUACCAGAUGGUUCUAUAAGACAUCAUCAGCUGUUCACUUGCCACCUCAAGAGUUUACCCGCCAAAAGCUGUUCGAGUUCUUUCAUGAACUGAAAGUCCAUUUGAUGAAGAAUUGUGAAGAUGAUACUAAAAGUUUAAUAUCAUUGACUGAAAUUUUUAAACAUUUAAUGAUUAAUUUUGGCUCUGAUCACAAAGAGCUGGAUGCAAGGUGGACCUAUUUCAAACAGACUAGGGCAGCAUUGAGAGACAAAUUGAAUGACAAAAAAGAUUUCCAAGUUCGCUCAAUGACAAUCACAAGAGCACAGCUGCAACACGAACUGCGUAUGAUGGACAGGAUCAUGUCCCCACUAACUCCCCUCCAUUUAACGAUACUAGAAGAUCUUGUUGACCUUUCUAUCAGCACAUAUGCUCAGGUCAGGAUUGCCGCCCAGUCUGCUGUUGCUUUGUGCUUUGAUACUUACUUGUUUUCUGGUCGUAAGUCCCUGCCAAUGAUAGUGGAGUGCUUAAAGAACAACCCUGAUACUUCACACGAGACAUUUAAGGGCAGUCUCUAUUUACUGCUCUCUCCUCCUCUCAUUUCAACUAUCGUACAUGAUUGGGAGCAAAUGAGGAAAGUGUUUAUACUAUUGAUACAGGCGGAUCAUUCUGAGAAAGAGAGUAUUCUUAAUUUAAUAAGCCGGCUACACAACACUAUCCAAAAGUCCUACGACACCUUUGCUAUUACGUAUGAAGUCCCUGAGUCUUGUAUCCCAGCAGCUGUGGCUCUCAGUGGGAAGCCCCUCCCACCCGAGGAGCUGGCAGAGGGGGCGGAGCGUCUUAAAAGAAUGAAUAAACAAAAUCUAGAGUCUUAUGAAUCUUUAAUUAACAACAUUGUAACGGUUACUGAGGGGAAACAAGAUCUGACGCAGUGGCGGUUCACUGAAGUGUCCAUGAAGCUCCUGGCAAUGUUGAUAAGACAUGAUACCUUGUACCCAGUGAAAGGAGUCCAGCUGUUUGUUACUUCACUUGUCCACGACGCUCUUAACAUAAGAAAAGUAUCCAUAUACGCUGUGACUCUGUUGCUCCAGCAGCUGAAGAGACCUAAGGCUAAAGUACCAAUUGAUAUUGAGAAGUUUGCUGGUAUGAGUAUUAGCGGUAAACUUACUCCUGGAGAAAGGGAAGAUAAUAAAUGGUUGUGUUUGACUGAGAGUCUAAAAGAGACAGAGGAAGAAUGGGACAGCAACAAUGGAGUGGUCCACAAGACAAGAUAUGGAUUCUACUGCUACCCAAAGAUACUCUAUGGCUUUGCUCCAAUGGACAGACAGCCUAAAUUAAAUAGAUCAAUAGAAGAGUUAUCUGAGCACGAAAAGGUUUUCUAUGAAACAUUUACUGAUGAGGGUUUUCUGGAGAAACUCAUUUCAUUUCAUUCGCUUGAGGAAGUGAAGGGGAAGGAUCAGUAUAGCAUGAAGAGAGCUCUCAUGUUCAAGAACCUCUUUCGUAACUAUGGCAACAGUCUGUCACACCUGUUUCGUCCUCACCUUGAGAAGCUAUCAAUUGACAGUCAGGAGAGCAGCCAGAGGUGCUGCUGUGAGAUAAUAGCAGGGAUGGUUAGGAGCAGCACCCAAUGGCCCUACGAGAUGGUGAUGGAGAUGAGGUCUUGGCUGGAGCCAUUGUUCCGUAAGAUUAUUAACAACAUCCAACAAGAAACGGUUGAAGACUGGACUCAAUGUGUCUCUGAUAUAUCGGCUGAUAAGGAUCCUAGACGUGUUGGUUGGUUUUUAGAGCUACUCAUGGAAGACCUUUUUACUGAAAGCAGAGGAGCCUUUACUGAAUCAAGUCAGCUGUCACUGUUGCACAUUGGUUUGGCCCAGCAGGAGUGGAGGGUUCCCUAUUUGCUGAAAAAGUUCUCUCUCAUCCUCUCGUCUCAUAUCGACCAUCCAUACAAGAAUGUCAGGGAAAAGAUUGGAACUCUUAUUGCUAGUAUUCAUGUACUGGAUCUCAGCUCCAGUGGCUUUCAGUUGCUCUACAACCUUCCCUUGUCUAACCUGAUGAACCUGUUCACUCCUAGCAUACCCUCACCUCCUGAACUGAUAGCACUGGAACAGGAUUCACCAACACUCAGAGUCUGCAAGACAGCUAUGGCAACAGUUAUUAAUUCUUAUCACGCCUCAGCAGUUGAGUAUUAUGAGUUAUUCAGUUUGUUAGUUCCUUUAGCUUCUUAUGAAGGUGACGACGAAGUUGGGAUCCUUGUUAGGAUUAUGAGUAUCCAGUUAUGUCGCAAUGAACUCAAUUUUGAUCAUUUACCAGUUGUACUGAAGUCAAUGAAGAAGGCUGCCUCCACUUCUGUAUGGAAAGCUAAACUUCUUGUUUUGUAUGUACUCCAGGUUUUGGUAUUUUGGAAUUUCUUUACAGUUGCUAACCACAAGAAAGAACUCAACGACCUCUUACUCUCUCUUCUUGGAGACUCACAAAUUGAAGUGAGAGAAUUGGCCUCAUCAACCAUCAGUGGGUUUGUGAGAUGUGGCAUAAUAUCACCAGAUAAUCUCAAGACUCUUUUCACUAAACAAGCUAAGACUAGGUUACCAAAGAAACGGGCAGCCCUCCCAAUAGAGGAGACUGAUGGUGCUACUGCAGCUGCCAUUAAUGAUACCACCAAUAGAGGAUAUGAUGGCCUCCUGGUCGAUAAACACUGUGGCGUCCUUGGUCUCGCUGCAUUAGUUCAAGCCUGUCCUUAUACCAUACCUGAUUGGCUACCUGACAUUGUAGACGAGUUAUCCUCCCACCUUCAUGACCCCGCCCCCAUCCCCGUAAGUAAUGAAAUAAGUUUGAUACAGCUGCUAGAGGUGACAAUUAGCUAAGAUAAAUUAAAGUAUAUAGCCAACUUUCAAGUCAUUAUUUUAUAGA